UUGGUGGGCAACCCUUCAUGAUUUUCUCGUUCACUUGUUCUUUUCUCUAUCCAGUUCUCGCUCGCUCUCUCUUUCUCUCUCUCGCUGGUCUAACCCCUCUGCCUUUUUUGCACCAUGUGAAGGCCUCUCUUUUCUACCAUUCAGCUCGCCGGGCCUAAUCAUCCACAUUGAGAAAAAGUAUUUUCUUUUCUUUGUGAACUUUUUUGGAUACUUUCAGUUUUUGCACUGUUCUGUAAUAGCCCAGUUAAGAUUUGAAUAUUAAGCAUCGUCCAGUUUAUCAGUGGGUCUGGUCCAGUCUUCCCACUGUGUGUGUGCUGUGGAAAAGUGGCUGACAGCAUGGACACUUACUGGAAAAGAGUGUCUGUAUUUUUUCUGUUUUUGAAAUGUGUGGACUGCACAGGAACUGCCACUGAAUGGACAUAUGCAGGAACUGUGGGGCAGUCGGAAUGGGCAAAGGUUUUUCCUGAUUGUGGUGGCUCCAGUCAAUCUCCCAUAAAUGUGGACACAUCCCGUACACUGUAUGACCCAACACUACCUCCUAUACAACCUUUGGCAUACAACAAACCUGGAAAUAAGCCCUUCACUCUUUCUAAUAAUGGUCACACAGUGCACAUGACUUUGCCACAUUGGAUGGGUUUGUCUGGGUUACCAUGGCAUUACAGUGCUGUACAGCUGCACCUGCACUGGGGUAAUGGAGUGGGCGUGGCCACAGGAAGCGAACACACCAUUAAUGGACGGAGCUCCUCAGCAGAGCUCCAUGUUGUACACUACAAUGCAGAGUUGUAUGGUAAUAUAUCAGAGGCUAAUACUCAGGGGAACGGUCUGGCUGUGUUAGGGGUUCUGAUCGAGGCAGGUGAUGAAGUUAAUCUGGCAUAUAACAGUAUUCUUAACUAUUUGGGUCACAUCAGAUAUGCUGGCCAGAAAGUGUCAAUCCCAGCAUUUGAUGUUCGCUCAUUGUUGCCUGAUGAUCUGAGCGAGUACUUCCGUUAUAAUGGUUCACUCACAACUCCACCCUGCUACCAAAGUGUCCUCUGGACUCUCUUCAAUGAAAGGGUUAAAAUAUCUCACUCACAGCUGAUGAAAUUAUCGUCAUUGCUGUACUCCAGUAAGGGGGACACAGUUGAGGUCUCAGCUCUACAGGACAACUAUCGCACCACCCAGCCACUUAACAACAGAACCGUCCUUUCCUCUUUCAUUCAUGUUUCAGUUCAAAUUUAUACAGCAGGUGAAAUCGCAGCGAUUGUGAUCGGGUGUCUGUGUGGAUGUGUAGGUUUGGCUGUGAUCAUUCUCUUCAUUGUGAAAACUAUUCGCUCAACAUCGAGCUGGGAUGUCCUGCCAAGUAUUCGACCCGCUCCUCAGCCCAGAACAAAAGAUGUGGGAAAAGAAGUCAAAGAAGAUAUGGUUUUAAAGACGACUUCUGACCCGGAAAAACCAGAGGACGCUGCCCCUCAGACCGAGUCUUGACCCUUAACAUCUGAUAUGUAACUUGAUCUUAUUGUGCAGUAAGAAACAUACACUUUCCUCAGCCCUCCAGCUAUCUUUAUCCUUUAUCUCUAAAUGGCUAUUCUUCUUGAUACCAGGCUUCCUUGUUUGUAUCUUUUUCUCAUUUUUACCACAAUGUGGUUAUUGAGGGCAUCUCUCUCUCUGUGUGUGUGGUCGUGGGUAUAGAGUAACUUGUCUCACAUUUUGCAUUCUCCUCAACACACGACUGCUUUUAUGUCCAAUACUACCAUUUAAAAGUUUAGGGUCACUUGCUCAUAUUUAGAUUUUUUAAAAUUUAAUAAUAAACUCAUCAAAACUAUAAAAUAGCACAAAUGUAACAAUGGAAUUCAUUUUGUGACAAUAAAAUCUAAAUAAUAUAUUCAGUGUUUCCAAAUUUCCAGGAAUUUUGUCUUUUAAACAAGCAACUUCUUGAGGUGUCUGAGAUGUUUUAUAAGCAGUAUUGAAGGAGUUCACAUCUAUUCUGGGCUCCUAUGUUCUUUUUUACUUUUUUAUUCAGCCUCAAGUUUACUUUGUUUUAAAAUGAAUAUGUUAGCACAUUUACUUUUUUUACAUUCAGAUCAUGUUUUUCAAAAUAAGUAUAAACAUUUCAGUAAGUGACCUGAAACUUUUAAAUGGUAGUAUGUAAGUUCAAUACAUAUCCUUUGUGCUAAUGUGACUGUCAAUUUCACU